AUUCACGGUUAGCUUCUCUCUCUUUAUCUCUCAAUUUUCUCAAUUUUCGACUUUCCUUGCAAGAUUAGGGCAUUCAAAACUCAAUACUUACUAAUCCUCCAAAGUCUCUGGCUUCUUUCCCACUUCCUUCACCGGAGGCUAUUACUUUCUCGUUAUUAGGAUGGCGUUGCAGGAUAGGUUAGACAAGUUCAAGAAACAGCAAGAGAAGUGCCAAGCGACACUGUCAAGCAUUGCAGCAAGCCAAAAAUCUGCCUCACAUGGUUCGGCCAAUGGAAAAAACGUGCCCUCUGCGGUUAAGUUUUCGAACGACACGGAGAGGCUCCAGCAUAUUAACAGCAUACGUAAAGCCCCCGUGGGUGCUCAGAUGAAGCGUGUUAUUGAUCUCCUACUAGAGACAAGACAAGCUUUAACACCGGAGCAGAUAAACCAGUCGUGCUAUGUUGACAUAAAGGCUAACAAAGAUGUCUUUGAGAAUCUUAGGAAAAACCCGAAAGUGAAUUAUGAUGGCCAACGAUUCUCUUACAAGUCAAAGUACGGGCUUAAGGACAAAACAGAACUUCUUCAACUGAUACGUAAGUAUCCUGAGGGCCUUGCUGUUAUUGACUUAAAGGAUGCUUACCCCACUGUGAUGGAAGACUUGCAGGCUUUGAAAGCUGCGGGGCAGAUUUGGCUACUGUCCAACUUUGAUUCACAGGAAGACAUUGCCUACCCUAACGACCCCAAAUUGCACAUUAAGGUGGAUGAUGAUCUAAAACAGCUUUUCCGGAGUAUUGAAUUGCCUCGUGAUAUGAUUGAUAUAGAGAAGGAUCUUCAAAAGAAUGGAAUGAAGCCCGCCACCAACACUGCAAAGAGGAGGAGUGCAGCACAAAUUCAAGGCAUUUCUUCCAAGCCCAAGCCUAAGAAGAAGAAGAGUGAAAUCAACAAGAGAACGAAGCUGACCAAUGCUCAUCUUCCAGAGCUUUUUCAAAACCUGAACAAUUCCUGAUUAGCUCUCAACUAGUGUUGGAUUAGUUCAAAUAGAUAAUGUAUCAGACAGACUAAACUAGAUUAGUAGACUGAAAUAGUCAGGAGGUUCUUGCUGCUCUGUCCUAGUCUUAUUUGUUUACAAUUUUUAUUUUUUAUUUUAUACAUCAAGGCUGUAGCUAAUGGUCUGUUGUGAUCUGUAACAACUCGUAAUAAUUUGUGAAUCCUUGUAUAUUAAACCAUGUUAUAUUAAUUUUCUUAGUCUUGUAA